CUUUCUCUCUGCAUGCAUCUCUCUUUCUUACAUUUUUUUUUUUAAAAUCAGUGUCCAAUCUCUCUUAUCAUCAUCAAAAGUUUCCUAUUAUUUCAUUCUUCUUCUCGUCCUCAGUUUUCACUAACUCAAAGACAAACUUCUUUCGCAUCUCUCUCUCUCUCUCUCUGCAUACAAAAGUAAAAGCCAAAAAAGAAGAAGCAGAGAGCAAUGAAGAAAAUUGUGUUAAAGUUGGAUCUGCAUGAUGAUAAGUCCAAACAAAAGGCCCUUAAAACAGUUUCUACUCUCCCAGGUAUCGAUUCAAUUGCAAUGGACAUGAAGGACAAGAAGUUAACGGUGAUUGGCACCGUGGAUCCGGUGAAUGUAGUCAGUAAGCUAAGGAAGUAUUGGCCAAUGACGGAUAUCAUAUUGGUGGGACCUGCGAAGGAGCCCGAAAAGGAGAAGAAGGAGGAGCCAAAAAAGGAAGGUGGUGGCGAGCCUCCGAAGAAAGAAGGGGAAGCUCCAAAGGAAGAAGGUAAAAAGGAAGGAGAAGCUCCGAAGAAGGAAGAAGAGAAGAAGGAAGGUGGCGAUAAGAAGGAAGGGGAGAAGAAAGAUCAACCACAACCACAACCGCAGCCACAGCCUCAACUACUACCACCACCAGAUCAUGUGUUGGAGCUCGUAAAGGCGUACAAAGCAUAUAAUCCUCACCUAACAACGUAUUACUACGCCCAAAGCAUUGAAGAAAACCCUAACGCUUGCGUUAUAUGUUGAAAACAUGUAUAAUAUACUAUAUUUUGGGUGAAAAAUUGUGAAAGAUGAUCUAUACUGAGGAAGAAGAAUAAGAAAUAGAGGAUAUAUAUUAGACUACGAUAUGUCGAUUAGUAUAUGUUCUUUUCCUACAUAAUGGUAGGGUGGGGGGGGGGGAUUCAAGUUCAUGUUUCGGAAAAGAAGUUUUUAUUUCCAUGAUGUGGUUUGUGUAUAUAUCGUUGGAGUGUACUAUAAUUUCUAUUCUUUGUUUGUUUGAACUUUGAAAACUUUUGUAUAUAUAUAGUAGGAUGGUGUUAUAUGUAUCGCAUUUUAGUUGUGAAAUACUAUUAGAGUGCUUCUAUGCAGAUAAUUUUACUGAUAUCCCAUGGAAUGAUGAAAUUGCA